ACUCCCCAUAGACCAGCACGCACUCUGACGCUUUCCUUUUUCUUUUACUCCCCAGAGACCAGCACACACUCUGACGCUUUGUCUCUUUCCUCUCCGUACACAAAACCCUAAUUUCUCUCACCAUUUCCCCUUUCCCACAUGGACGGUAUCGGUGGCAACCAGAGGAGAAGAGCUAGCUGGGAAGACGAUCAGAUCACCAGCAAUCAACGCCGUCGAACAAACCCAGCGUUAAUGGUGACGGACGAGCCUCCUCAAAACGACGGCGUCCAGUCUCAAGUUUGGGAAGACGAUCGGGUAGUGGUGGCGAUGAACGAGCCUCCUCGAAACGACGUCGUCGUCGUACAGACUGGUGAUGAUGAUGAUAACGACGCCGCACGACUCCUUCCUCUCUCACUGAGCUUGCGCCAGCCAACACCGUACUCCUCCUCUCAGAUCGCGUCGUCGCCGACGCCGCUUCGUCUAGCACCGCCAUCGCCUGUCGCUCCGAUGCAGACGUGGUCGCCACGUUACCUGAUGGCGCGGUUCCCUCCGUCGUAUCAGCCUUAUUUCGCGACGACAUCACCGCCGCCGUCGUAUCUACUCCCGUCGUCGUUCAGCUACUCUCCGUACCAGACACUCUCUCGAGGACCGUCAGCACCGAUUCAUCCCCCGCCGCCACCGUACGCUCCGCCGUUCGAUUUCCUCACUCCAGCCGUUAGACCAGUAUCCUCCUCCGCCCUGGUCGUCGAAUCGCGUCGGAGUUACAGAUCGCAAUCAAACCGUAACAACCGAAAAGACGACGACACCAUCCCGCCGCCGUAUCCCUGGGCGACGAGCAAACGCGGAGCGAUACAGAGCCUGGAGAAUCUCGAAUCGAAGCAGAUCACCACCAUCACAGGCAACGUGCAGUGCAAGCACUGCGAGAAAGUGUACCAGAUGAGCUACGAUCUGAGGGAGAAGUUCUCCGAGGUGGUUAGCGUCUUUGCGUCGCUCAAGAGGCUCAUGAGGGAGCGAGCCCCGGCGUUCUGGACGAAUCCGGAGCCGAUGAGGUGCGAGCUUUGCGGACGUGACAAGGCGGUGAAGCCGGUGAUUGCUCAGAGGAAGAGUCAGAUCAACUGGCUGUUUUUGCUUUUGGGGCAGAUGCUGGGUUACUGUACGUUGGAGCAGCUCAAGAAUUUCUGCAAACACUCCAAGAGUCACCGGACCGGAGCUAAGGAUCGUGUGCUUUACUUGACGUAUCUGGGUCUUUGCAAGAUGCUUGAGCCUGACAGUGAGCUCUUUAACCGUGGUGGUAGGUAACUGGUAAGGUGGGUAAGGUUGAUUUCUAUCUUCUUCUUCUACUUGGAUUUGUUGCUUUUCUUAAUUUGGUGCAUUUUUAUGUGAAUAAUUGGGUGAAAAAAGUGCAGUUGUAUUGCAUGGAUUUGAUCCCUUUUGUCGUUUCUUCGUUGUGUGUUAUUUGGAUUUCAGACUUAAUAUCUCGUUAAUAUACAUAUUUUAUAA